CGAGAUCUGCAGCGUCAGCGACUAUGAGAUGCCAGAUCUGCCAAUCGUUGUUGAGCAGCCCAAAGUCUUCAGAGUCGAGUUGGAAGCCGAAGACUUCCCAACUCCCCUCUCGUCAAACCCCAUCAUUGCAUCGCCUCCAAAGUCUAAGCGCAAGCACCGACCAGCGCCAUUGAACAGAGAAGCCUACAGCCGCCGAAACACCCUCGAGCUGCCUUGCAUGGGAGGUGUAUUGACCUCACCUUCACCAACGUACCUACCCUCCGCCAUCGAUCUCGAUUUCCUCGACCUGAUCAAGGGGAGAGACCCUGAAACACUUCAGCAACAACAGCCAAUGGAAGAGCAGUUAGCAGCCAGCAGAUUUUCCGCAUCGACAACAUCAGGCAUAGACUCACCUGCCACGAUGACUAGAGACAGCACAGCACGCAGCUCCAUCUCCGUACCAAACAUCUGCGGCCUCCUCACCUCUCCAUCACCAACCUUCCUUCCAUCGCCCUCAGACGGUGAUCUCGACUUCUUCAGUCUGAUCCGCUGCCGUGACCCCGAAGUCAUUGCAGCCGGCAAAGUCUCCUCCUCUCGCCGCACGACCAUCAUCUCCAUUCCCGAAGAGUACGCCCCAGCUUUCCCCGUCUCUCGCCGCGCAACUCUAGCACACGCUCGCUAUCAAUCUAUUGAUUUCAGCUGCGAGCCCGUCACAGCCACAUCGCAAAAAGUACAACGCGUUGGAGCCGGCGGAGUCCGACGAAGACCUAGUAUGGCACCUUCUGCCAAAUCUACAACCUCUGCUUUCCUCUGCCCGCCCAUCCAUGGAGAGGACUUUAGAGAAAGCCAAAUGUUCUUCCAUGUCAUGAGUUCAGGGCAAUUCAGAAGUACUGCCGAGACAGCAGCAAAGCAACUCGAGGCUGAUGAAUUGCCUUUGAGCCCCCUGUCUUUGGACCCUACACAAGAGAUGGUCCUUAGAGAACAACAUGGAUAUGUCGGUUUCAGCCCUGUUUUUGACGGCGGUGACGAUUUGGCAUCUCGUGAAAGAGUCGACUCUUCUCAUGCCGCGCUGAAGAAGGAUGAGUAGAACAGCUCCUUUCUCCAUUUUUGUCUCUUUGCAUAGCCCUGGCGUUUCAUCUUGGUUCAGCAUUACAGCAUCAGCAUUUGCAUCAGCGUGUCCACAGAAUACUUUCUUCUCUCUGUUUCGACUAGAUAUUCAUUCUUAAGCCAUCU